CGUUGGGGAGGGGUGCAGGGUGAUUGGACACGCUAGGUGCCUCUCUGUACAAUGCUGCAGAGCGCCGGAGUUCUCCAUGAAUAUGGAUGAGAGAGAGCGGCGAGGGUGAUGCAGUGGGAAGAUUCCCUCCUUCAGUCCGCCGCCACUUGAACAAUACACAGCCCCUCUGCCUCUAACACACACAUACACACAUACAUACAUACAUACGUACACACACACGCACGCACGCACAUACGGCAGCUGCGUAAAGAUCUCACACAAUCAGAAAGAGAGCGAGAGAGGGUGCAGUGGAGAGGUAUGGAGAAGAGGACUCUCUGACGCUCUUCCUCGGCGUUUCGGAGACGAACUCGGCCGCGUUCUCAUGCUCAUCGUCGGCGCUGCUGCAGAGCCGCACCACAGCUCGCCACAAUGGAAGAGGGUGAGUACUUCUUGAAAGUGCUGAUCCCCAGCUAUGCGGCCGGUUCAAUUAUUGGUAAAGGAGGACAGACCAUCGUCCAGCUGCAGAAAGAGACUGGCGCCACCAUCAAACUGUCCAAAUCUAAAGACUUCUACCCAGGUACGACAGAGCGCGUGUGUUUAAUCCAGGGUACGGUCGAGGCGCUGAACGGCGUUCAUAACUUCAUCGCAGAGAAAGUGCGCGAGAUGCCACAAAGCAGCCAGAAAAGCGAACCGGUCAGCAUCCUGCAACCUCAAACCACCGUUAACCCCGACCGAGUCAAACAGGCUAAACUGAUCGUGCCCAACAGCACAGCUGGGCUGAUCAUUGGUAAGGGUGGAGCAACGGUGAAGUCAGUGAUGGAGCAGUCGGGCGCGUGGGUGCAGCUCUCACAGAAACCUGAGGGCAUCAACCUGCAGGAGAGAGUGGUGACCGUGAGCGGCGAGCCCGAGCAGAACCGCAAGGCUGUAGAGAUUAUUGUGCAGAAGAUCCAGGAGGACCCACAGAGCAGUAGCUGUCUCAACAUCAGCUACUCCAAUGUCACAGGACCUGUGGCCAAUUCCAACCCCACAGGCUCACCAUAUGCCAACAGUGCAGAGGUUCUGCCUAGUGCUGCUGCUGCUGCCGCUGCCACUGCGUCCACGCUGCUGGGCCAGGCGGGCCUUGCCAGCUUCCCCUCUGCAAUGUCUGGCUUUUCCGGCAAUGACCUGCUGGCCAUCACCUCUGCCCUGAACACGCUCGCCAGUUAUGGCUACAACACCAACACUCUGGGGCUUGGCCUGAACCCAGCAGCCGCCUCUGGAGUGUUAGCCGCCGUUGCUGCUAGUGCUAACCCUGCAGCCGCUGCUGCAGCCAACCUCUUAGCAUCGUACGCCAGCGAGGCAUCCGGAGGAGCGGCUCACCCGGCUGCACCUGGGCUUGCCGGCUUCUCACUGGGUUCUCUAGCAGCUGCCACGGGAGCUUCCAACGGCUACCUGAACCCGGCAACCUCCCCGCUGGUGGCCUCCUCACUGCUGGGGACUGAGAAACUUGCCGAGGGUGGAAAGGAGGUGCUGGAGAUUGCCGUGCCCGAGAACCUGGUGGGCGCCAUUUUAGGGAAAGGGGGGAAGACGCUGGUGGAGUACCAGGAGCUGACAGGGGCUCGCAUCCAGAUCUCCAAGAAGGGCGAAUUCAUCCCGGGCACGCGCAACCGCAAAGUGACCAUCACAGGGUCGCCGGCAGCAACGCAGGCCGCGCAGUAUCUCAUCAGCCAGCGGAUCACGUACGAGCAAGGCGUCCGUGCCACAAACCCUCAGAAAGUGGGCUAGAGAGGGAACUCAAGCGAUGGGGGGGGAGGGAUGAGGGAGGGAGGGCAGCGAGGAAAGGGAUUCGAAAGAGGAUCGAGACAAGAGCGCAGACAAUGACUGAGACGGACGAACGAACGAGAGACAAAAAUGAAGGAAAGAGGUCGGUAAGGGGAACAGAAGAAAAAAAAAAGAGUACGUGUCCAUGUUCACGUUUCGGAGGAAAGAAACAAAACAAAACAAAAAAUGUGAGGAAAGAAUGAUGUUCAGCUGUGGACCUGGGGGCAGAGGUGUGUACGAAUUUGGGACUGAAAUUCUGCUGUUCCUUUUUUUAAUUUGUAUUAUUAUUAUUAUUAUUUUUUAAACUCGAGCUAAGCGGUGUAGAAUAUGAGGGGCUCAGUACUGAACCCUGUGGCGCUCUGGGAGGGAGGAGACUCAGGCCUCACCUCCUCUGUUUCUCACACAGCCAGGGACCAGAUAGGUUCCAUUAUAUUUUUCUGUCAUUGGUGUAGCCUGUACAGGUUAGUCCAAAAAUGAUGGCCUCCACAUAGGCAAUGGGUUUCGCAACAGCCCCUCUUCGGGGUCAAUUCACUAACAAAGGUUUGGCCCUUUACAGAUUUAGAUGUGAAGCAGUCUUGUAGGGUUUUCCAAAUUAACACAAGCGAGGCAGAAUUUUUUUUUUGGGGUCUACUCUCGCUACCCACGUUUCAGAUCCACGUUACCGUCUUUCUCCUGUUAAUCGGACAGCAGAUUACUCCCAGUCACAGCAGAUUUAGAUUUUACUUAAACCUGUGAUUUCAGGUUGACCUGAAUGUAUAAAGGACUUCCUGGUCUUGUUUUUUUUUGUUCUUGUUUUUUUUUUUUUUUUUUUUUUUUUUUAAAUAUAUGUCAGGAAGUUCCAAACUGAGUCUUUGUUUGGCAUCAGCAGCCGAACCUGACUCGGGUUCUCAGCAACAGAAAGGCAGGCAGACAAAACAAAACAAAACUUCAAAGGUUAAAAAGGUCCCUUUGAGAGGACAGGAAUGUAAACACACACAUACACCCACACACACUGCGAGUGCAGUUUAGUCAAUUGAUCCCUCUUUGGUGCUAAUCGCUAAUGAGAAAACAUCAGAGAUUUAAGAAACCUCUUCCUUAGCUAGAUUCGAGCACUUUGGGGUUGAAUUUUCCUUCCCGUCAUUUAUUAAUCAGAAGCAAUUUUGCGAUUCGGUCAUCACAUCGUUACAAACGAGACAUCGGAGAAAACGAAAAACACUUUUCAGCUGCUAACUCGGUUAUUUGGGAUUGCUGACUUCGACUGAAAGAACUGAUGCGAGAACUUCAGAAUUCUGCAUCGGGAACAUCUCGAAACCAAUCGUCCUACCGAUUAAGGACUGGGGACAGAUAGUCACACUAACAUUACCAUUAAGAAAUAAGUACCUUGAGUGUUAUGCCAAACUAAACUACCCACUAUAGCGCUCCAGUAAACACUGGUGAUUUUUAAAACGUGUGGGGGUUGGGGUUUUUUGUUUUGUUUUUUUUGUAUGAAUAGAGCUCAAGCUGAUAUACCUCAUGUUUGGACAGAAUGGAAAAAAGAAAUGAAAUUUUCCAGUUUGUAUGCAGAGCAACAAAGUCCUCGAUUGAGUUCCACUUGGCACCUAGUUCACUCCUGCGCAGACUAGCCUCGAUGUCAGGCUGCCGGAGGUCUGGCAGCGGAAGGAAAGGAACGCAUACAAUGCAACGCAGCCUUUGUAAAGAAAAUAAUAAAUAAAAAAUGCAUAUAUAUAUUAAUAGUACGCUGUUUUCCACUCUGAUGCUGGUGUGAGUUAUCUGGCGUGAAGGAAUCCCAUGUCGUAGUGAGACACAAUCUUGCCGAGAGAGCGCUCGUCUCAAAGAACCUGCUCAUCUUCUAACAUUAAGGCUGAGGCUCCUGUGCGGUUCUCUGGUUUUCUUUGGGUGCUUUGCCCGUGAUGCCCCUGUAUCCAUUGUGUUGUGGGAUGCGUUCUUUGGAAAACAGCAUGGCAGAGUAAUAAAUAGCAUGGUUUUUUUGGGGUUUUUUUCCAAGGCCAUACACUUAGCAUCGUCGUCUCUGCUGCUAACUGCAUUUUUAAAUCCAGCGAGGGAGGUAUGAGGUACAGAACUCGUACAGAUUGAUAAGAAGGGGAUCUCUUUUCAACCACACUGUGAAUCAAGCAGCCGACACCAUCGUAAGCUCGGGAAUGUACUGUACACGUCGCGGCGUCCGCUAGCGCACGGCACGGCGGGGCUGGACGCAGUGGACCCUUCGGUUCCGCCAGUAGAGACGCACUCUGGGUCGGCUCUAACGGCUCGGAAUUCACACCAGCCAUUAAUUAGCAGAUCUCCGUUUGAACCGCAGCCGUCUAUAUAUAACCGCGUGGCGAUGCCCGAUCUUCUACUGACCUAAAUACACACUCGCAAAAGACAUUCAUCAUCUGCCUCCAAUUCCCAGACCGUAAUCUGCUUUGGAACCAGGGGGAACAGGAACCAGGAGUUAGAGGGAGGGAGAGAGAGAGAGAGAGGGAGAGAGCAAGAACGAGAGACACGGCGAUCCGUUUAUACGUCUGGAAUUAUCGCGACAAAACAUCGCCUUAAGAAAUCUGUUUCGUGCGCCGCUUUCGGCAGGAAGUUUAUCGACAGACCGUUUUACGAAAUUCAUCCAUCUCAAGCAUUGCGGCUGCCGAGGAGCAAUUACCUCACGCUGCCGGUUUCAGGGCUAAAUCGUUUAUUUUUUUUGAGAUUCGAGAUAACGGUGCAUAUGCAAUUUCAGAAGCACAAGCCCAGCACAACCGCAUGCACGAGCGUCUCCGUGCGUUUUUUGUUGUGGAAAUUUAAUAUGGUGAAAAUGAAAAGACUUCAAAUGAAAUUGCAACUUCAUUAGCCAUGGACUCUCUGCCUCUGCAUAUCCGCUGCAUAUCUCCGCAGUCUCGUAGUCCCUGUUUCCUUCUCUUUUCAGGCUUUUGAAAAAUUCUGAAUGUAUUCUUUAUUUAUUAUUUCCUCCUCCUGUCCUCUCCGUUCCGCUUUCAUCCGUCAGUUGCGUGGUUUGUUUUUCGAACUUGGUAACUCUGGUGGUCCCCCAGCCGAGUUCGUCCGUCCUGCUCGCAGUCUCGACACAGAUUUUCUUCAGAGCAAGACGAGUCUUCUUGAGCACGUUUAUUGAAAGGCACCAGACCCUUUAACGAAGGUAGCGUUCCUUCCUGACGUCCUUGGUACUGUUCCGUCGGCUAAACUCGCCCCACGUGGUUAGCCAUGUUUCUUCCAUGAAGGUCACUCGGUCAUUGUACUCGUGUGCCAGAUUGAUACGGAUCGGGAAGGGGGGGAGGGGUGUUUGGGUUAAUCACUUAAAAAAUUGGUAACUACCUCAACACUGUAACUUGAACAGGGUUAUUUUGCGAGGAUGAUGUCAGAAGGGAUCAGCUCCACAGGGGGAUCACCUUAGCACCAGAGUUUCUCCUAGCUUCCUGCGUUCUUGCUCUCGUCUCUGGUUAAUGGUGGCAGUUGAUGAGUGUGUUCGAGUACAUUCCUUGGCUUGAAGUAUGUUCAGGCCUUCCCGCCCCCUCUCCUCUUUCCUCCACGGGGCAGCGGUUACCCCACGAGCACCAUGCCGUUAGACCGCGCUGCUGCUCCACAAGUUUGUCUUCUCGCCGUGAACCCUGACCUGGAAACAGUUCUGUACCUCGACUCGAAUCCAUUUUCACACCUGACCUAAGAUGAGUUUGCCCUAAACCGUUACGAGAGUGUAAAUAGACUCGCUCCAACACCCUCAAACACAGGGAACUGGCACUUAAAAAGGAGUGCCGGAUGCCUGAAAGAUUCCAGAGCAAGGAACUCUGGGAAAGGGGGACGAUAACCCACCUCAAGCUCGAACGAUGACCGUCGUUCGUAUCCUGUGCUCCCUAUCCUCUCUCUCUCUCUCUCCCUCUCUCUCUCUCUCUCUCUCUCUCUCUCUCGGAGAACGGUCUGAGGUCAUCCUUUUCCUCUCCCUUUCCCCCCUUUUUUAAAGAUGAAACUGUGGAUUCCGUCCUGUCCCAUGGUCUUCGUGGAACUUUUUAGUGUCGUUCUCUAGUUUGUAGUCUAAAUGCAGUUGUCUUGCGCCGUGGGUUUCAGUGUGUGAACUCCGUUAUACUCGUGUGUAUGACGACAGUGCCAAUCGAGCCAGAUUAAGAUUAGCUUUUGCCAUUUGUUUGUGCAUUAGAAUUCGCUCUAAUCGGAGUGCCGGUGUCCAUAAUCGACGUCCCUGACGAUGUUUUUGUUUUUCCGUUUGUUUUUGUUUUUUCGAUCUUCGAUCUACAUAAAUAAAAAUGUAAAGAAAUAUUGGAAGCAAUAUUGUAGCAUGUCGUCCAGUUUUUGUGUUUUUGUUAUGUCCGUCGUACGAACCUUUGGAUUUAAUACACUUUUGAAUGAAUAGGUUUACAUGUACUUUUUUUGUAAUACUGUAAAGAAAGUAAAGAGAUCAAAAAAAAAAAAAUUUAAAAAUAAAUCGAAAAAAAAAAAAUCUAAAAAAUGCUGCUAUUUGAUAAAUAUACGAGAAAUAUUUUAGUUGAAAAGAUGUCUGAUCCGUUUAUUAGCGUUACGCUCGUUUUUGGCAGGAGCACAAACGAGGUGUGUCGAUAUACAGAUAACAUAGCCGUGAAAUAAAACCUGUGACCCCCCGCGCAGCUUCUUAACACGUAGACGUGCGAUCGAGCGUUUUAGACGCCGACGACUAUUUAGACGCAUCGAUCUAAGUGCCAAUCGAAUCGAAAACCUUUUUAUUUCGAGGAGGAAAAGAUAAUCAAAAGAGCAAAACUUUGAGGAAAAAAAAACACGCAGAAAAAAAAAAAACAACAAAAAACAAAAACACGAACAAAGAGCAAUGUCAGUGUUGUUUUUAACUCCAUAGUUGCAUAGAGAAUAAUAACGAUAGUUCUUUUAUGCAUAAAAACAUGGUUUUUUAUACGCUCGGUCGAGAAAGCAUCCUGUGCGUUCGUUUGACUUGUGGCUUCCACGCAGCUCUUCCUUCAUAUUCUCUCUGUAGGUCGGCAUGGAGUAGGCAUAAACAUGUUAUAAUCAUGUCGUAAAAACGCGUUACUAAGCACCCAUAAACAUGUCCCAUUUAUGAAAGUGUGUUUCGUGGAGUUAGGUGUUUAUCUUUUUUGCACGUCUCUAUUGCAUGAUAUCCAAGUGAAUUAUCAGGGGGGGGGCGGGGAAUCAAAAAUUAACUUUAAAAAAAAUAAUAAUAAAGAAAAUGAAAACCUUUCGUUGAGUGUCUAGAGUCAUUCUGAGGCACGGUUUUGCACGUGGCGCAGAUCGAACACCUUUUCAGUUUAACAGCUUAAAUUUUUAUUCCUUUCGCUUUUCUUUUUUUUCUUUCUUUUUUUUUUUUUUUUUAAAGACAGAUAUCGGAAGAGCUCUUAUGGUUUAUAGACUGCGACGGUAACCAUGGGAACUGGCCCUGCACUGUAAUAAAUAAAUAAAUAAAUGAAUGAAACGUCGGAUCAACAAGGAGAUCUCGCGGCUAAGGGGUUUAAAGCGGUUCGAUAGAGAUUAAUGAAGCCGUUUCUUGUCGAAAGUCGGCGGUUAGGCCACUAUCUGUGCUCCUGGGGUAAAGCGCGGUACCACACGCGGGGCAGGAUAAGGACCUCGCCGUGAACGCGUUCGAGUUCGAAAAGGACUGCGAAAGUGCUGGUUAAAACGAAGUGCUGAGAACGAAGCAGGGAUUUCACCUCGAGACGUACGAGUGUAAUCAAAUCGAUCGGCUCUACAGUAUUCUCGUUCAGACCGAAGCGCGUGCUGAUCUUCGAUCCUUCGUGUUCGCACUAGCACGGCGACGGACCAUCGUCGAGACUUUCUACGCAAAUUAGGUACGACUCCUCAGGACGCACUGAAUCCAGACGACUCCUCGGACCGGUCGCAUCGCGCGCGGUCCGACGUUCCGUCGCUUCCACAGGAGACCCGUUCGCUUUUAGAACGUGUAUACGGUGUGUUAUACCUACUAGUGUUUUCUCCCUGGAAAAAGAAACCCUGGACAGGCCACGCCCCCUAUCAAGAGCGACGCUCGGGAAACGCGCCCGAUACGACGGUGCGAACGUUCGGCCGUCCAGCUACUUUCGUUCAAGGUCGAUAAUAGCUAAUUGUAAUAUUGUGUACAUGUACAGUGCGGGGACAGAAAUCCGGUCUGUCUGUCGUUUAGAGGAUUUAAAAAAAUGUCUAAUUUAAAAAAAAAAAAAAAAAGGAAAAAAAAAAAAGCCCAUGCAUGCGAAACGUCCGCUACGUUACGUUAGGUUACAUUGCGUUACCUUGUAAGUCAUAUUCACGUGAAUCGGUUGGAUGUCGUAACUUGAUUCUCCUAACCCCGGCUGUAAUUUUUCUGAAUGUAUUUGCAUUUUUACAUAAAAUGAUAACAGAAUGUUAUUUCCGUGUUCCGUCGUGUCCGUAGGUGGAGGCUGUUGAAACUCAUGUUGCGUGCGUGCGCGUGCGUGUGUGUGUAAGUGUGCGAACGCCGCAUUAGCGCCUGUGUUUUUAUCUUCUGAUGCCAUUUCUCCUUCCUCUCUCGUCAUCGAAUGCACUUUACUGAGCAUUAGGUCCCCAUGUCAAAACACACACACACACACACACACACACAUAUACAUACAUAUACACACACACACACACACACACACACACACACACACAGUGGAAAUCUCCUGGAUGCAAACCGAAACCAAGCAACCUGUUCUUAACCUUCACACAGUGCGGUUUUCCUCUUGCUCUCGUUUUGUUUAUUGUUUGUUUUUGUUUAUUGUUUGUUUUUGUUUAUUGUCUUGUUUAUGAUUCGAGCUGUACUUUUCUUGUUGUAAUUUUUGUUUUCGGGGGGAGAUCCGAAGGAGUGCGUACGAGAUUCCAGCAUUCCUCCCAUCUCCCUUACUGCAUUCCCUUUUGUGUGUGUGUGUGUGUGUGUGUGUACGUGUGAGAGUGUGUGUACGUUUGAGAGUGUGUGUGUGAGUUUUGUGUCUGUAAUUUACUGACACACAAGCGCUUGUUACUGUUUUUUCUUUGUUGGUUUUUUUUUUUCCCAAUGCUUUGAAUGUGAAAAGUGUUUUUUGAUUUGAAAUCUGUAAGUUAUGUUCGUUGAAGAGGAAUGGUAAAUAAAACACAGAAACCUCGAAAA